UUUAGUAAUCGCGCUUUAAAGAAGACAGAGUUAAAGACAGCGCCGCUUUCUUGUUUUUAGUAUUAACAUAGUGACUAAAAGAAUUCUAGUGUUGUAAAAUGAAUCCGAAAUCAGUCUUAAGCAUUGCUCUUCUUGUGUUGGUGUUGGGCUGCUUUGUGCAAGCUCGCCAUGUGCCACGUCACCAAAAUCGUUACGUACAAGUGAACGGCGAUGAGGACGAUGAUUUCUCAUCUGCUGAGGAGAGCGCUGUUGCCGGCCGCCUGCCACAUCCAAAUACACAGCGCGCACUUUCGCACAAACAGGCGCGCGUCUUCCCCGGUGCUUUGGCCAUCAAGAAGUUGGUGUUGCUGAAAUUCAAGAAAAUCGUACCCAUCUCUUUGAUUUUGCUGAGGGCAAGUGACGAAAACGAAGCCGAAUUAGUGCCCGUCUACCCAACCUCUGAAAUUCCAGCCGAUGUACAAUUCAUUCCCACACCAAAUGGCGUCUCCGGACAUCGUGAUGUCCAGGCUAUUGCUAUUCCCAAAGAAUUGCAUCAACAACUCGAAUUGAAUGGUCUGGCCAAUUUGGAGAGUAUCGAAUCCCUGCUCAAUCAAGCACAAGAGGGUGAUGCUGAAACUGAAGCCGAUGCCGAAGCUGAAGAUUUACCAGUUGCUGUUGUCAAUGAACAGCCCAAUAAUCCAGAAGAUGAACCUUUGAAUGUGGCCGAAGAUGAUGUUGAUCAAUUGUUGGAAAAUCUGUCGGUGGAUAAAACCAAGAUUGCCACAGCAAAUGUACAGUCUGUGCGUCGUUUGGCAGCCGAUGACCUUGGACGUCCAAGUCUUGUGCGUGCCUCGCAAUUGCAAACUGGUGUUGAGGAGAUUCCCUUGUUCCUUUACGCAGCCAAGGACACACCACAAAUCGUACGUCCCGUCCGCAAGGGUGUACGUCACAGUGUGAAGCAAUCUGCACGUCGCUACCACAACUGAGCGGUAGUUGAGGAUUUCAUUGGGCCAUGGUUUAUAUUAGACGAUUAGACUGAAUAAAUAAAUAUAUAUUUGACAA